AUGAAUAUUACAGUUCGGGCAAAUACAUUAUUACCUUCAGGUAAAUGUUCGUCCAUAAUUACGAAAUCAUUCCUAGAUAAAGUGGACGAAAAUGGAUAUAAGUGGGUAAAUUUAAGCGAAGAGACAAAACAUUUUUAUUGGGAAGAGUUUCAGAAAAAAUGUCAGUGGGAUGUUGCUGUUAGUGACUCAGUCGUCAAGGCUGCUUGGGAACCAAAGGCCAAAGAAAGAUAUCGACAGUACAUCUAUGAUAUAAGCACAAGAAACCCAACUCGUGAAAAGCCAUGUCACAUAGAAAUACAAGUAUGGAAUGCUUGGAAUGCAAUAUGGAAUUCAGAGGACUUCAAGAAAAAAUCAGAGAAAAAUAAAAAAAAUAGGCGUAAAGGUGUAGUUGGUGGAAAAGCCCCACCUACCCAUAAUGGUGGAUCGGCUUCACAUCAAAAAAUUGCUGCUGAUAUGGAAUAUACAGGAAAAGCUCCAUCAUGCUAUGAACUAUUCAUGUUUACUCAUACUAAGGAUCAUGACGGAAAAACAUUUCAAGUUGACAAAGCUAAAGAAGUUCAUGAUUUGUUUGUGUCUCGACGUGCGGAUUUGGCAUUGCUAGGAGAGGAAGUUCCUGAAAGCGAACUGUUUUAUGCAGCUGUUGGAGGACAUGAUCGUAAGAAAAGAGUUUAUGGGCUUGGAUCAUAUGGCAGGUCCAUUUUUCGUGAAAACUCCUCUCAAACAUGCACUUCACCAGAUACAAGUUUUGAGAAAGAUCAUCUCGAGAGGAAGAUCCAGAAAUUAGAGGAAACCAUAAACCAACAAAGGAUGGAGUUGGAUGAUGUGAGAAACAUGGUUAAUGAUAUGAAUAAUCAGUGA